UCGGGGAGAACCUCAGCGUCGGAGGCCGCCGCAGAGUCCAGAGGGGGCCCUGUUGCCUUCCUUAGGGACGGAGAGGCCGGGGGGCCUGCGGCCAGGCCUGGCGCUCGGGAGGCCUUGAGGCCCAGAUGCCUUAUAGUGAAAUUGAAGCUAAGUUUUUGGGCCCUGGAAAAGAUCUACCAAGGGAAUCGUGCUGUAAGAAACUGAAGUCAGCUGCAGAUGAUUGUGCUUUCUCCCGUCAAGGUGGUCCUGAUCGUCCCAGACCCCAAGAGAAAACCAGAAAUAAUAGGGUCCCAGUGGCCACCAUUACCUUCAGAAGACGUCCUCAGGAAGACAAAGCCGGAGCUCCAGAUGUGUUGAAGCCUAAGGAGCUGCCUGAUAAUAAACCAGGCAGUGUCGGGUCCACUGAGUCACCAGCUUUGCAGGGCGGAAAGCACCCCUCGCUCUCCAAGGAUGAUGACAUCUAUAGCACAAGUAAGGCGUUCAUAGGUCCCAUUUACAAACCCCCCGAGAAAAAGAAAUGCCGAGAAAGGAAGAAUGAGACGGGCGCUUUGAAUAGUACAGAUGACAAAAGAAAACGAGAAGAGAAACAGAAAUUUAACUCCAAAAAAUUGGAGAUUGACACGGAACUCUCCCAGUUUUACAAAGAAAUUGAAGAGCUAGAAAAUGAAAAUGAUGCUUCACAAGGCAGUAGUGAGGUGCCAGAACCUCCCCAGGAAAAAAUCACUCCUAAGGACCAGGCCUGUGAUGCCUUAAACUCUGAGGAGGCAAAGAAGGAUCUCAGUAAUGCUCUGCAGCCACAUUGCGAUUACCAGUGGUACUUGGAGGACGAACCAGGCCAAUAUCCCUGUGACGAACAACUGAUACCUACUUUUUGUGAGACUUCAUUCCCUUCCUUCAGGCCUGAAUGGCAGUCAGUACAUCCUUUUGUCAUACCCCAUGGUCCUCCUCUUCCCAGUUUUAAUUACCAUUUUAAUAUUCAACGAUUCAAUACCCCACUAAAUCCACCACCAAAUAUUUUCCAUGGGCAAGAUGAUUCUCAGAUGCCAAGUGGGUGUUACGUGGACAGUUGUCAGGGUGGCUGGAGCGGUUUGACUUUUGAACAGAACGAUGAGUAUACUAACUAUGGUGUGACUAGCAGUAAUGUUCGUUCCUUUAGAGAUGGCUACAGUGGACAAGAUGAAAGUGCGAGUAAUGGUUUCUGUGAAAUCAGAGAGUGCUGGAGAGAUCCUUCCAUCGAAGAGCACACUGGAACAGACAGGUUUGUGAACCAGUGGUUUCCAGAGGAGAAGUUAAAUAAAUUGCAGAAAUUACUUAUUCUUUUGAGAGGCCUCCCUGGGUCUGGAAAAACGACGUUGUCUCGAAUUCUGCUUGGUCAGAGUCGCGAUGGCAUCGUGUUCAGCACUGAUGACUAUUUUCAUCAUCAAGAUGGGUACAGGUACAAUGUUAAUCAACUUGGUGAUGCCCAUGACUGGAACCAGAGCAGAGCAAAACAAGCUAUUGAUCAGGGGAGAUCUCCAGUUAUAAUAGACAACACUAAUACACAAGCCUGGGAAAUGAAACCGUAUGUGGAAAUGGCCAUAGGAAAAGGAUACAGAGUAGAGUUUCAUGAACCGGAAACUUGGUGGAAGUUUGAUCCUGAAGAAUUAGAAAAGAGGAAUAAACAUGGUGUGUCUCGGAAGAAGAUUGCUCAGAUGUUGGAUCGUUAUGAAUUUCAAAUGUCCAUCUCUAUUGUGAUGAAUUCAGUGGAACCAUCACAGAAAAGCAUACAAAGACCCCUCCCUCUCCCGGAGGAGCCGAGAGGAAGAGUUUUGAAGAAAAGUGGGUACAGGCCUGACAAACCCAAACAGAAAAGAAACAGAAAAGGAAAGAAAAGGAACAACAGUUUUAGUGAGAACUCACUUGCAACCUUAGGUCACCUUGCACCAGGAAGUCUUGGUCGAUCUCAGAGUGAAGGGGAAGGUUUUGAAGAGACAGAGAGAGCACCAGGGCACCCUUUUGCUGGCAGCCUACAGAAUGAAGCAGAUCGUAUAAAUAGCAAUGAAGAGCAAAGUUGGCAAGACAUAGAGAUCUCAAACAAUUCCCAAAAUGGUGUGUCUACGAUUGAGUUGGACCACACACCUAAGAACUGCUUCCCUGAGGAGGAGGAGGACCUGGUUCUAACCUCACCAUCAGUACCAAGCGGAAAUUCUGCUUCUUGUCACACAAGCACUCACCAUCUUUCUUGUGUGGGGAGGGAUGGCUGCUCGGGCAUGAGGGUGGAAAAGCAUAUGAGCAAUAGACAUAAGUCAGCCUUAGACACACAGGACAUAUUUGCUAAAACCCCAUGUUCAUUUACGCAGAAGACGGAGAGGAUGGAUAAAAGUCGCCUGGAUGAACAUGGUGGAACCAGAACAUCAGAGGAAGUUUUACGAGAGGAACAAGGAGUUAAAAGCAAUUGCUGGGCUUUUUUUACAGCUAGUUUGUCUGAUGAAGAACUACAGAUAAGGUCCAAGAGUCAGCCAUAUUUUGGCAGUUGGCCCAAAGGACCCCAUGAGUUCGUGUAUGAACAGAGACCCAAGAAAAACAGAUCUCAGAGAAUGACCUGUCCUGAGAGUGAGGAACAACUGAUUCAGUUGAUUUCCACUUCUGAAGGAGCAGCAGUCUCAGGAAACUGUCCAGAAAUACCUAUGGAGAAGCAACUUGGAGAUCUGUCACCUAAAGCUGAAAUGGUAGAUUUAUCCAGAAACCCAGAAACAAAUACCUUCAGCACCUGUGUCCCCCAUCCGAUCUCCCCGGAGCAUCUCUUAGAAUCAGCAAGGGGUACACAAGGGAUGCAAAGGAGGAUUUGCAAUUUGCCACCUGUCAACCCUGAAGCAAAGGAGAAAUGUGACCUCUUGACAGAAAAUCAUGAGCUGAAUAUGUUUUUGGCAGAGGAAGAUAUUUCCAAAAUGAUCAAUAAAGAUGAGACAAAGCAAAAAAUGAUCAUUGACUGUCAUCUGCCAUGGUUUUAUCUUGAUACCCUUCAUGAUUUUUCUCAAAGUAUUGUCCAGCAAUCUUGUUCUUAUCGCCUGUCAUUUAACAGGGUAGGGUGUGCUGUGUAUUUUUAUAAAAAUCCUGUCCCUUCUCUCAUGCUACAUUAUCUGUCUAGUUUUUGCAUGCUAUCUUUUAACAACAGAAGAGCACUUUUGACAUUCAAAUCUCAGAAAAGCAUGGGGAGGACCCUAACCGACGGAGGGUUUAUUCUCUCAGACGUUCUAAGUGGCCAGCCUGCUGCUCUUUGCUCUUUGAGGAUUUCCCCUGAUGCUCAGUUUUUAAAUGAGAAGCUGGAUGAAGAGCUGAAGACACAGGAAGGCCGGGAGCCAGUGCAGUGCUUACCAGCUGAGGACAGCCAGGAUUUAAUAAGCAGGAAUCAUCAGUGCUAUGGGCCAUUAUCACAAGAGCUUGCCUUUCACCCAGUCAAACAUUUUGAAUCUCCUGGAGUUCCAAUAGAAUCCUUGUUACCUGAUGACCAUGUGGUGCCCUUUGACUGGAAGACACUCAAGAUAAUGCCUUUGCCAUGGAAGAUGCCACUAGAGAAAAGGCAGGCGCCUCUUGGUAAAAAUGAAAAUCCCUCGAGCUACAGCAGUGGGCGCUCAGGAGGGGUGUGGAGACCUGGAGAGACAUCUAGAAGAAGAUCCGUGUGCUAAGAGAGUGUGAGAGCUCUGGAGAAAGGGUGAAAACUUGCAGUUUGUUCCCCAGGGUAUUGUCAUGAUAGACAUUGUUCCUGAUGUUAAAGGGGAAGCAGUAAGCCCCUUGCGACCCCUUUGUGAGAGAGUUGCAGUUAGGGGAUGUUUCCUUCACCUCUGUGAGGUGGCCCUAGCAUGACACAGGCGGUACCUGUCCAGGCCAUGUGCAGUGAACUUGGCUUUGUGGCCCAUCUGCGAGUCUCUUUUCCCUGCUGCGUGUGACUGUUUUGUGACAAGGACAUGCUUUUUCUUUUGGUUCUGAAGUCACUCCUCUACCCCCCUCUGGCUGCGCUCCAGUCUCACCUGAGCAUGUCCCAGGUCUGUAGCAGCAUGCGUAACUGCAGUUACAUGAGAAAGCCUUCCGGUUUGGUUUGUCAUAAUGUACUGACAAACAGGUUUUAGAGGGCAGAUAGAAAUGUAGGAAGAGGCAGUUAUAAGGAGAACCCGCUGGGCUGUAGAAGUCCCAAGGCUGUCUCUGCCUAUUUCGCAAUGCUCUGCGCCAGUUGCCACGUGUUGAUAGCCACAGUCCUUUGUAGAUGCUGAGGCCGGGAAUGUGUUCCAGUGUCCCUGUCCUGGGGCCUGCUAUGUGAUCUGAAAAAAAUUAAUCUCCUCACAGCCUCAGUUUUUUUUUUAAGUGUAAAAAUAAGUUAACAAUAUCACUUUCUAGUGGAGAUUUUAAAUGGGGAUUAAAUGAAAUAAGUGUGCAAAGAACUUGGGAUAGUGACUGAGAAGGAAUGGUCUCCUAACACGGGUUCAUUUCCAUUCUCUCAACACCUCCUUGGGCAAAGCCCUCUGGCAAAAUAGAACUCAUGUGAUCUUGGCAGAGGAAAAUAUUGAGCCAGGAAACUUGUUUACCCAUUUGCAUAAAUUCUUGUAAUGAUCAUUAAUAACUUUUGUGCUGUAAAGAGCUGUAGCUCAGGGAGUGAGAACAGGAAGUAGCUGAGAUGAGCAGAACCAGGGAGAGUGGACUGAAGGGACAGCACAGGUCCUAGAUGCUAGAAGGGUGACCAGGGUAGCAAAGAGGAGCUGGGAACAGACUCCUUCCUGCGGCAUCAUGUCUGGACAGGUGUGCACUUGUAUGCAGGGGAGAUUUCUGCUUCCUGCCCUGCUGCUGAUGGUCCCGAUCACUGAGAAAAGCCCGGGUGCCCAGCGCUGACCCUCAGAGGUCUUUCCAGCGUGCACUCGUUGGCCACCAGCCCUGGCAUGGAUAAUCACUCCAGUCGUUGCUCUUGAUAAGUUGUGUCAAUAAUGAAAGACAAUUUGCAAGCAGUAAGAGUUUGAACACUGCCCUGCCCAGUGCCAAGACCUUUGUCACAGCUUCAUUGUGCAGAGGAAAAUGAGGCACAGAAAGUUCUUUAAUUACUCCAAGACUUGGAUGACAGCAUGUGUAUACAAAUAUUGGACCGUGGCCACAACUCUAGAAUUAUGAAAUCCCAAAAGGCUCCAAAAUCCAAAUGUCAUUUUGUUUAUCUAAUCUUUAAAAAUGGUGAAAUAUACAAUAAAAUAAUUACCUUAGCUGUUUCUUCAAAAAAAUGUUUAUUUAUUUUAUGUGUGUAUGCAUGAGUGUAUGUACACGCAUAAAGGAGCUUGUGGGAGCCUGAAGAGGCAUCGGAUCCCUCGAACUGGAGCUGUUGAUAGUUGUGAGCUACAGUGUGGGCCUCUGUGAGAGCAGUGAAUGCUCUGAACCUCCGACCCUUCUCCGUGACCCCACCUUCACCAUGCUUGAGUGUGUUUUA